AGGAAGUGCCGCAGUAAAAUUGCAAGAUUGACAAGAGUUUUGAAGACUGACUGCGAUAGGGAGCGCUGAAAAAUUAGAGGAAAGAAAGUCAUACAGGUUCAAUAUCUUGUGAGUUGUUGUGUUUUAGAGGACCAUCAUGUCCUCUGACCUGCUGGUGGACCUGCAUUAUGAUCUGGGAGGAGAUGACUCUCCAAGCGCUGCCCUGGACCAGCUGAAACUGGUACAAAGCAAACAGUGGCCACCAGAUGACCCUUGUAGCCUAAGCAAAUCUGGUUCAGAUAUUAAGAGUCUUAGUGGCACCUCACACCUGCCCUGGGACGACCCCUUUUACGACAUUGCAAGACAUCAUAUUGUGGAGGUGGCAGGUGAUGAUAACUUUGGUCGCAAGGUCAUUGUUUUUAACGCUUGUCGCAUGCCCCCUCAACAUGAGCUGGAUCAUCAAAAACUACUCAUGUAUUUAAAGCAGACUCUUGAUAAGUAUGUGGAGAGUGACUAUACACUCAUCUACUUCCAUAAUGGACUGACCAGCGAGAACAAGCCCUCUCUCAGCUGGCUUAGAGAUGCCUACCGAGAGUUUGACAGAAAGUAUAAGAAAAAUAUCAAGGCCUUGUACAUUGUCCAUCCCACCAUGUUAAUCAGAACCAUCCUUAUUCUCUUUAAACCCAUAAUCAGCUUUAAGUUUGGCCGUAAGAUAAACUACAUCAAUUAUUUGAGUGAGCUGGAGGAGGUUGUGAAGUGUGAUCAGCUGGUGAUUCCCAACAGAGUCAGAGAGUAUGAUGAUAAACUCCGUCUGUCUCAGAAGCCUUCUGCAGUCCCUGGACCAAUAUCUCCCCCCCAUAGUCCUCCCCUCCCUUCCCAGCAGUUUGGGGUCCCUUUGUCAACAUUGAGACAUACGGCGGCAAACUCUGAAGGCAUUCCACAUGUGAUGUUUGACACAAUUGGAUUCUUGAAGCAGCAUAGUCUGCAGACAGAGGGAAUAUUCAGACGUUCUGCAAACGUUUCUCUGGUUAAAGAUAUUAAGCAGAAAUAUAACUCAGGAGAGGAAGUGAUUUUCUCUCAGGAAGAUGUUCACUUGGCUGCUGUAAUCUUAAAGACAUUCCUCCGAGAACUGCCAGAGCCGUUGCUCACCUUUCAGCUCUACAAUGACAUCAUCAACUUCAACAAUGUUGAAACCACGUCUCGGGCAGAAACAAUUCGAACCAUGCUGAUGUCACUACCUGAGGAGAACUAUGCAGUACUACGCUUCCUUAUAAAGUUCCUUGCACAGGUAUCUGCUGAGAGUGAAGUGAAUAAGAUGGACAAUGCCAACCUGGCUGUAGUGUUCGGGCCCAACUUGCUCUGGGGCCAAGAUGCUGCGAUGACACUCUGUGCCAUCGGACCGAUCAACAACUUCAUCCGCAUCCUGCUUAACCAACAUGAGGAGGUCUUUACCCAAUGAGAGGCCGCGGAGACUUUAACUCCGCCCCUCGCUGUACCAUAGCUUCACUCCUCUGUUACCGUGUCCUGUGCCUGGUGUCUCCCUGUGUGUCGCCAAAUGCAUGAGUAUUUGAAAUGAGUGACGCUACAUAGAAAGAAUAAUUGUGGGUCUUGAAUUAAUUUGGUCAAAGUUGAAAGACCCCUGAAUGACCCCUUGUAAAGCUUUUACAAAAGAUCAAAUUAUGACAAUCAGUUUCUUUUCUCUCAUGCAGAAAUCUUGUAGCUACUCUGUCAUUAUGGUACUGUCCAAGCGGAAGAAUAUUUUCAGGUCUCUUAGCAGAGUCCUAAAUCAUUCAAACAAUACAUACAGCUCUUGUUUAGAGAUUGUUUUGACCAGUGCAAAUUUAUUACAGUUCAUCUUUCAAAGAGUUCAUCAUUAUUAAAGAAAUAUGCACAUUUGAGGCAUAGUUAGCAAAAACAAUGGACCAGUUCAAAGCACUACUACUAAAACGUGAAAUGCUUAUUUUAAACAUGUUUAUUGUUUUAUUAUAGAAAGUAUAUGAUAUAAGGUAUUGCUUUCAUGCAGUCUUCAUUUUUAUUAUAUCAUGUAUGUUUUUUAUAAUCUAGUUCAUCACCCUCACUUUGUCUUCUAAGUGGUUCAGAUGCUGUAUGGCCAGCACAGUAUACAUAUUAUGUUUUGUGGAUGUUUCUUACGUGUAAUGUUAAUUCAAGCAUGAUGCUUACAUGAUUUUAUUUGGGGUUGUAUUGGGAUUCAUUUUGAAAUCAAAACCUGAAAGCAUUUCAAAGCUUAAAAUAUGUCCUUGUUUUUGGAGUCAAUGUAUCUGCUAGCAGCUCCUCUUUUCUGUUUGUGUGUGAUCUGUUUAGCAAUGCUGUUGUAUAAUUUUACCGUAGACAUUUUUUUUUCCCCAAAGAUAAUAUGGUUAAAAUGUUUGUGAUAGAUUGUACCUUGAAGAUGCACUGCCUUGUCAGGGACAAUCCCAUUGAGCUCAUUUAAAACAAAAACCCAAGUAGAGACGGAAGAUAAAGUUUAAGACAAGAUAAAGCUUGUCUUAAAGAUUGCUGAUGUUUUAUCUAUGAGAAGACAUUGUAGUGUCAUAUGAGUUAUUACUGCUGUAUGUGUGUGUGUGUGUGUACAGAACGACCAAGUAUAAAAAAAAGUUUAGUUCUUUCAAGAGCUCUGUAUGUGGAGUGGAAGUCCCCCAUGCCCUGUAAUUUGAAUACAAGUAAAACUGCACAAAGGCGGCUUGUUUCAUUGAUGUGAAGUCCAGGAGAAGCAGGUGCUUGGUUAAUAAUUAUUUAGCACUAAUAAUUUAAGUGUCAUAUGAAUUGUUAUUAAAUUGUAACUGUGUUUUCAUGUACAGUAAACGUCCUAUAUAUGUCAACACAUCUGAACAUUGACAUGUGAACCAGUGGCUUAAAUAGUUUAAGAAAAGCCCCUCCCCAAACCCACGUGUUUGUGUGCCUUACUGGAGUGAACUGGUGAUGAUGUUCACUGUUUAAAUCCCCUUUUCUGGAUGAAUCUUUGUGCCAAUUUGUUGGAUCUGUAUCUGUACUGUUGAUGUGUAUUUCUGGUUUCAAGGUGGAACUUUGCAUUACUUCUUUAGUGAAGGUUCUUUUCUGAAAAUGUAUCCUUUUGCUUCUGAAAUCAAGUAUGUCUGUUGUAAGUCAUUUUGUGAAUACAGAGUAAUAAAUUGUAAGAGAUGG